GAAGAGAGGGAGAGGGAGAGAGGACACGCACACUAAAGCUGCCACUUUUUUCCUCCCCUUCACUCUUUCCCCCAUCCUAGGAUCCAAUGAUAGCUGGACAAAUCAGUAAGCCCUUGCUGUCAGAGCGGAGUGAAAUGAAUGCGGAGUUGAGAGGUGAGGACAAGGCUGCUACUUCAGACAGCGAGCUGAAUGAGCCCCUGCUUGCGCCUGUGGAAUCAAAUGACAGCGAGGACACUCCCAGCAAGCUCUUUGGGGCCAGAGGAAACCUGGCACUAUCAGACCCAAGUACUCCUGACCAACACCAGGCCGGUCAGACCCACCCCCCAUUCCCGGUUGGGCCACAGCCACUUCUGACAGCACAGCAGUUAGCCUCUGCUGUCACUGGCGUGAUGCCAGGAGGCACACCAGCCCUCAACCAGCCUAUCCUCAUCCCCUUCAACAUGGCCGGACAGCUAGGAGGGCAACAAGGACUGGUCCUCACACUGCCUACUGCGAAUCUCACCAAUAUCCAAGGGCUGGUAGCAGCAGCUGCAGCCGGAGGCAUUAUGACUCUGCCAUUGCAAAAUCUACAAGCUACCUCAUCCCUGAACUCCCAGCUCCAGCAGCUCCAGCAGCUCCAGCAACUCCAGCAGCAGCAGGCGCCCCCUCCACGGCCAGGCAGCCACCCGCAGCCAGCCCCACAGAACCAGAAUCAACCGUCUCCAACCCAGCAGAGUUCAAGCCCCCCUCAGAAACCCAGUCAGUCUCCAGGACACAGUCUUCCGUCGCCGCUCACGCCACCCAAUCCUCUGCAGGUAUGA